AUGCAUCGGCCGUGGUACGCGAACGGGUUGCGCGGCCGCGAGGCCUUGUUCCCCGGCUCGCGCGGCAUGGUCGUGCGCGUAGCGGCGUGGCGUGAUGGGGGCUUGGCCGACCGCGGGACAAUAUUCCCCGGGUCGCGAUUUGUAAUCGGCCGGUCGACUCCGAACUUUGGCCGAGACUUCAGACGGACGGAUAUGAUUUUGGCCGAGCGCGAAACAAUAGUUUCUCGGCCAGCCGGAUUGCGCGGUUGGGCGCUGCUUUCUCGAUAG